AUCAUGGGUAGAGGAAAGAUUGAGAUCAAAAGGAUCGAAAACAACACAAAUCGGCAGGUCACUUUCUGCAAGAGGAGAAACGGACUUUUGAAGAAGGCUUACGAGCUCUCGGUUCUUUGUGAUGCUGAAAUCACUCUAAUCGUCUUCUCGAGCCGUGGAAGAGUCUACGAGUAUGCCAAUAACAACAUAAAGUCAACUAUUGAGAGAUACAAGAAGGCAACUUCAAGUACACCAAACACUUGGUCAUCUCAAGAAAUUAAUGCACAAUUCUAUCAACAGGAGUCGAAGAAACUCCGUCAGCAGAUACAAAUGCUUCAAAAUACUAACAGGCAUCUCAUGGGUGAAGGCUUGGGCUGUUUAAAUGUGAAGGAGCUGAAGCAGUUGGAGACCAGGCUUGAGAGAGGGAUUUCAAGGAUCAGGUCCAAGAAGCAUGACAUGAUACUUGCUGAAACUGAAAACUUGCAGAAAAGGGAAAUCGAGCUGGAACAUCACAAUGCAUUCCUACGCUCAAAGAUUGCAGAGAGCGAGAGGGUACAACAGCUAAAUGUGAACACGGGACAUGAGUAUAACGCGUUACAGGCGUACUUGGCUAGGAAUGCACUUCAACUGAAUAUAAUGGAGCCUAUGGAGGAUGCUCCAUCUGCAUACUCCAUUCCUCAGAAGCAUUCUCUUCACCUUGGGUAG